AUGGCGUCUCUAUUAUCCCGAAGCAUCCUAUCCCCCACCUCCACGAUCCAAAUCCUCCGCAUCGCCAUCACCACGCUCCUCUACCUCACCCUCGCCAACUCGCACCCGCCCGCCUCGCAACACCCUAUCGCCGCCACACCUUCAUCCCCGUCCCACCUCCUCGUUACGGCCGUCCGCUCCACCGCCGUAGCGCCCCAUCAUGACUCUUACCUCCAGUGCCUCCGCGCAUCCCACCCUUUCACGACGUACCCCACCGUCGGAGCCUCGAGUUUCUUGGGACCGGCCACGAACGUGACGAUGGUGGUGCUGCCGCCGCGCAGCGAGGAGGGGUGGCAUCGGCCGCCAGCGCCGAUGUGGUUUGUGCUGCUGAGGGGGAGGGCGUUGGUGAGGACGGCGGAUGGAGAUGAGGUGAGGAUUCAGGGAGGAAGCGGAGGGAAGAAGGAUGGAAGCCAUGGGGAGCGGGUAGAAGGCCAGAUGGUGCUGGCGCUCGAUGUGCUGGGGAAGGGGCAUUUGACGUUUUAUCCCGGCGACGAGGAGUCAGUGGCGUUGCAGGUGCCGUUGGCUGAGGGGUGGGAUCUCGAGAGUGAGGUGGGCGAGGGGAGGUGGGAGGUGGUGAGGGAGGGGGCUUGCUGA